GCGGGCGGCAGUCGGCGCCGAGGCGCGGUGCGGUGCGGGUCGCUCCUCUCGGUCCACCGCGGCCGCCGCGCCGCCGCCCUCCCUCCCUCCCUUAUGGAAGAGAUGGAAGAGGAGCUGAAAUGCCCGGUGUGCGGCUCCUUUUACCGGGAGCCCAUCAUCCUGCCGUGCUCCCACAACCUCUGCCAGGCGUGCGCCCGCAACAUCCUGGUGCAGACGCCGGAGUCGGAGUCGCCGCAGAGCCGCCGGGCUUCGGGCUCGGCCGUCUCCGACUAUGACUACCUGGACCUGGAUAAGAUGAGCCUGUACAGCGAGGCGGACAGCGGCUACGGCUCCUACGGCGGCUUCGCCAGCGCUCCCACCACCCCUUGCCAGAAAUCCCCCAACGGCGUCCGCGUCUUCCCGCCGGCCGCCCCGCCGCCCCCCGCCGCCCUGGCCCCGCCGCCGCCGCCCCGCAACGCCUGCCUCACCUGCCCGCAGUGCCACCGCAGCCUGGUGCUGGACGAGCGCGGGUUGCGGGGUUUCCCCCGCAACCGGCUGCUGGAGGGCGUCAUCGACCGCUACCAGCAAGGCCGGGCGGCGGCCCUGCGCUGCCAGCUCUGCGAGAAGGCGCCCAAGGAGGCGGCCGUCAUGUGCGAGCAGUGCGACGUCUUCUACUGCGAUCCCUGCCGCCUGCGGUGCCACCCGCCCCGGGGACCGCUGGCCAAGCAUCGCCUGGUGCCGCCGGCCCAGGGCCGCGUCAGCCGCCGCCUCAGCCCCCGUAAGAUCUCCACCUGCACCGACCACGAGCUGGAGAACCACAGCAUGUACUGCGUGCAGUGCAAGAGCCCCGUCUGCUACCAGUGCCUGGAGGAGGGCAAGCACUCCAGCCACGAAGUCAAGGCCCUGGGUGCCAUGUGGAAGCUCCACAAGAGCCAACUUUCCCAGGCCCUCAACGGGUUGUCAGACAGAGCCAAGGAAGCAAAAGAGUUCCUGGUCCAACUCCGCAACAUGGUGCAGCAAAUCCAGGAGAACAGCGUGGAGUUCGAGGCCUGCCUCGUGGCCCAGUGUGACGCCCUCAUCGAUGCCCUCAACAGAAGGAAAGCCCAGCUGCUGUCCCGGGUCAACAAGGAGCACGAACACAAGCUGAAGGUGGUGCGAGACCAGAUUUCUCACUGCACGGUCAAGCUACGCCAGACCACGGGCCUGAUGGAGUACUGCCUGGAGGUCAUCAAGGAGAACGACCCCAGCGGCUUCCUGCAGAUCUCCGACGCUCUCAUCAGGAGAGUGCACUUAACCGAGGACCAGUGGGGAAAGGGGACGCUCACACCCCGGAUGACCACGGACUUCGACUUGAACCUUGACAACGCCCCUCUGCUGCAGUCCAUCCAUCAGCUCGACUUCGUGCAGAUGAAAGUUUCCUCCCCAGUGCCGGCCCCCCCCAUCCUGCAGCUAGAGGAGUGUUGCACCCACAACAACAGUGCCACCUUGUCCUGGAAGCAGCCCCCCUUGUCCACGGUGCAGGUGGAAGGCUACAUCCUGGAGCUCGAUGACGGCAACGGCGGCCAGUUCAGGGAGGUGUACGUGGGCAAGGAGACCAUGUGCACGGUGGACGGGCUUCACUUCAACAGCACGUACAGCGCGCGUGUCAAAGCCUUCAACAAAACAGGAGUCAGCCCGUACAGCAAGACCCUGGUCCUCCAGACGUCUGAGGACACGCAGUCAGAAGAACAGACCCUCCCUUUUCCAGUGCCUUUGGAAAGAUCGCAGCUUCGUAGAAUGAGUCCUUUCUCCUCCACCCUUAAUCUACAACCCAGCUUUCCGGGGAGAUCCUACUUUGAGCUAAGAUCUUCGGCCCACCAGCUGAGCUUGCAUUCUUCUUUACAGUCCCUGAAUUCAGCUGGAUGCAAUUUUGAGACGCAAGGAUCGCCUUACUCUCAAUUAGUUGACAUUAAAAAAAUGGUGGCAGUUGCUUGGUUUUCUUUCGAUCCUGCCUCUGCCCACGCCGACAUCAUCUUUUCUAACGACAACCUGACUGUCACCUGCAACAGCUAUGAUGACAGGGUUGUGCUGGGGAAAACGGGCUUUUCCAAAGGGCUCCAUUACUGGGAGCUGUCAAUUGAUCGUUACGAUAACCACCCUGACCCGGCCUUUGGCGUGGCACGCAUUGAUGUCCUGAAGGAUGCCAUGCUGGGCAAGGACGACAAGGCCUGGGCCAUGUACGUGGACAAUAACCGGAGCUGGUUCAUGCACAACAAUUCACACACCAACAGAACCGAGGGUGGGAUAACGAAAGGUGCCACGGUGGGAGUGCUGCUGGAUUUGACCAGGAGAACCUUGACGUUCUCCAUCAACGAGGACCAGCAAGGGCCUGUCGCCUUCGAGAACCUGGAAGGCCUUUUCUUCCCCGCGGUCAGCCUCAACAGGAACGUGCAGGUGACUCUGCACACCGGCCUGCCGGUCCCCGAAUUCUACACUUCACGCUCGGCCAUGCCGUGAGGAUGCUCCCGGAGCCGGCUGCCUCUUCUCGGGAUGAGAGGAGCCAGCUCGUUCCUUCCCGCGGGACGAGGCCAGCCACCAAGCCACCGGGUCCCUGCUCGGCCACUGGCCGGAGACGGGGAGGCAAAAUGGGAAGGAAGACCCUGGCUUUUGGCCGUCUCUGAUCUCCACCCUCCUUCGCUGUCCUGUGUGUGUGCGCGCUUUGCUGUUUAGCUCUUUUUGGCUGAUGAAGUACCUAGGUAGCCUGAGAUGUUCCUCUGUGUCCGCUUUUAGUUUUUGGUUUUGUCAAUUUGAGUUGGGGUGUGGGGUUGGGGGGGGGGGGGGGAUGGCAGUUUCAUCUCAUUCGGCAGAGCGCUUUCCCCUCCCGUGGGGCUGGCCGGAGGGACCCCCCCGCCACGGGAAAGCUUUCGCCCACGCCAGCCCCGUUAUUUUGCAGGAUAUUUCUUUCCCCUGUGGCCUUUUCUUGCAGAGCGCCCUCAGUCACGUGUAGAGGUGGGUCCUGGAUUACCAGUCAGUCUCCGUGUCCUUACCAAAAUGCCCGACCCUCUCCCUUGUUUCCCCCCGAAGCAUUUCUGUGGGGCGCAGCGGUGGGGCAGGGCAGGGGACCACCCUGUCCCCGGGUGCUCUGGGUGCUGGCGGGCCCUCGGUCUGGCACCGAGCUCUCCCUGGCGCUGGCACGCGCGCCACAGCCAUACGCUGGAGAGCCCUUGCCCGGCUCUUCGGAGAUUAGCAUUUAUUUUUUUAUAGUUGCCGUGUAAAGCCUAGCCUUAAAUACUACCUGAUAGUGUCCUUCCGUUCACAGGAGAAUUCGUUCUGCAGCGAGGGUCUGACGGGGAACCCGGGCUUGGGGAUGGGGAUGAGGAUGGGAAUGAGGAUGGGGAGGAAGAAGAGCUGGCCACAGCCCUGCCACGCACUCAGGAAUCCGUGCCCGCUGCCCUGCUGCUGGCAGCGGUCCCCCCUCAGCCUCCGCUCCCUACCCCGACUUUCUGGUAAUCCGGAGGCAGGAGAGGAGCGGGAGGUGGUGGGCGCCGUGCCCGGUGCCAGCCCCCGUUCCCGUGCCGAGGGCGCCUGCAUGCGCAUGUCCCCAAAGCUUGGCUUUUCGGUCCCCUCGCAGUCCCCUGGGCUCGGGGAGACAGCGGUGUCGUUGCCGGCUGGGCGCCAGCCCGACCGGAGAGCUGCGUCUCAUCCAACCGGGGCCGGGGGGAGCGACGGGAAUACCGGUCCGGCAGAAAGACCAGUGUAAAUAGACCAUUCCCUUCCAGCGUGCCCUCCUCUAGGACGGUCCACUCGUUCCCUUGUUGCUCUAGUAUUAAUUUUACCUAAUUUAUUGGAUGGGUGCUAUCUCGUUGACUCACACCGAGGAGUUUCUCUCCGCUGCAGGAGAGCCGUGUUGCGGGACAACGCCGAGCAGCUCCUCGGUGAAUUCCUGACGAGCCCCCGUGGCCGGCUCACCCGGGGCUCCUCUCUCAGCCGUUACCCCCCGGUUCUUUAGGAUGUUCAUGGUGCUUAUUAGACCCCCAGUGAUUGUAAGACGUCGCCCCCCCUGUACCGCGAUGAUAGCUGCAUACAGCCGCUGUACUGAAGAGAAGUGUCAUGUUUGCUGUUCUAAUAAAGGACUUUUAU